GAGAUUUCCAGAAUGCUCAACCUCUCUAAUUCUCCUUUCAAAUGAGGCACUCUAGAAAUCGAGACUCAUCAGACGAGGCAACAUUUUUCCAGUCUUCAACCGUCCAAUUUUGGUCAGAGGGGUUUUGCAGAUGUGGCCUUCCCAGAGUUGGAGGACUUUGCGGACGGCUUGCCGAUUAUAUUGGGUGGAGACAUUAAUCUCCCUCUGGAUGGUAAAUUGGACACGUCAUCAGGUUCCUACAAUAUAAGAUCUGCUCAGUGGAUAUCUUAUAUAUAGGAUCAUUCUCCUGAUUGACCCAUCAAGGAUGAAUAGUGAAAGGGUCAAGAUAGCAGAGACUAUAUUAAAUCUUACCCUGGAGAUACUAUAUCGCUUUACUGGAGAGGAAUACACUGUAGUGAAGAAGUCCUCGAGUGAGCACAGUCAGGACCCUGUGUCUGAAGUAUGGGGAAGAACCCUGAGCCCAAUCACAGGGCCUCCACUUCACCCCCUAAUAAAUGAGGAAAUCAAUAAAGAGAAGAUCCUAGAACUCGCCAACAAGAUGAUUGAGCUGCUGACUGGAGAGGUUCCUAUAAGGUGCCAUGGAGUCUAUUUCUCCAUGGAAGAGUCAAAAUGUUUAGAAGGAAACAAAGAUCUGUACAAGGACGUCAUGAUGGAGGAUCACCGGCCUCUCAUAUCAUCAGUUAGAUCCGGCAAGAUAAAAACACAGGAGAGGCGGCACAGUCCUCUUGUUCUACAGCAUGGUUCAGAAGAACAUCACACUGUCCCACAGGAUGAUCAGGUUUUGGAUCCAGAUAAAGAUCAGAAAAUUAUUAAGGCUACAGAGACAUAUGUGAAGGGUGAGCAGAGUAUAGAAGACAUUCCUACAUAUAACCGCCCAGGGGCAAGAUGACCCAAAAACGACAAUUUGAGUGUUUUAAUUUUUUUUCUGUUAUGUCAAACACUAUGCUGAGUACAUAUUUUUUGUCAUAUUUGACACAGUGAUAGCAGUCAUUCUUUAUUGGUUGUUUGUGGAAAGGGGGGUGAUUUGAAUUUUCAGCCCUGUUAUUUUUAUAUAUUUGAAUUUUACUUUCCCCUAGCAGACUUUAAUAUGCAGCCAUUGGAUUGUUGAUACGAUCCUCUGCAAUACAUUAGUGUUGCAGUCUAUGGUGACUUUGAUGUCUUCCUGUUAAGCCCAUUACAAGGUCCCAGGCUUCCAUAAUAACCAAUCAGCACCCAGUAAUUUCAAUGGGAAGUGUUUGGUUGGCAGGGAGAUGAGGCCUUAGAGGGAGCUUUCCCUCCUAACUAAUUAUUCAGAUACCAUAGCCACUAUUGACCAAGGCAUCUGAGGAGUGAAGUGUCCAUGAUCACAGACAUCUCCGAUCACAGACAUUGCUUGCCACAUGCUAUGAUGGUGGCUGAGCUCCUGAGUUGGCACCAUAUUUUACCUCUCAAUAUACUCUGUACAUGAUGCUAUGGGGUUAAAAUAAUUCUAUGGUUAUAGUAUACAAAAUAAUAAAAUCAUUUUUAUUCUUGGCAGAUGACUGUGCCAGGAGCUCAGAGGGACAUCUGAUCUCUUCUGAUUUUAAAACAGAGGAUUGUGGUAUCACAGAGGACACAUACAAAGAAGAUUCCAUUAUCCCAGAUAUACCCUUAGUUCUUCACAGCAAACACCUAUCAUCUGAUCCUUUUAAACAGGUCCAAUCUUCAGAUUUAUCACAGCAAAAUAAAAGCCACAGAGAAGCAAAAACAAGGGAAAAUCGAUUUUUAUGUAUAGAAUGUGGACAAGGUUUUCCCUAUAGAUCAUCUCUUGUUAUACAUAAGAGAAUUCACACGGGGGAGAAGCCAUAUUCAUGUUCACACUGUGGUAAAUGUUUCAAUGUGGGAUCAAUUCUUGUUAAACAUCAGAGAAUUCACACGGGAGUAAAGCCUUUUCUAUGUUCAGAAUGUGGGAGAAGUUUUACUGAAAGAGCCGCUCUUAUUACACAUGAGAGAAUUCACUCGGGGGCGAAGCCAUUCUCGUGUUCGGAAUGUGGAAAAUGUUUUACCCAAAAAUCAACUCUUGUUAAACAUCAGAGAAUUCACACAGGGGUAAGGCCAUUUUUCUGUUCAGAAUGUGGGAAGAGUUUUACUCAGAAAUCAACGCUAGUUAAACAUCAGAGACUUCACACAGGGGAGAAGCCAUUUUCAUGCCAAAAAUGUGGGAAAUGUUUCAAAGAGAAAUCGACACUUGUUAAACAUGAGAGAAAUCACAUAGGCUUGAGGCCAUUUCCAUGUUCAGAAUGUGAGAAAUGCUUUAACCAAAAAUCUGAUCUUGAUAGACAUCAAAGAAUUCACACAGGGGAAAAGCCAUUUUCAUGUUCCAAAUGCGGGAAAUGUUAUAGAUUUAAGUCAGGUCUUGUUGCUCAUCACAGGAGUCACACAGGGGAGAAGUCAUUUUGAUGUACCGUAUGUGGAAAGUGUUAAAAUUCACCGUAAAUGUGCAUCGAUGAAUCAGCAACAAGAUUAUAACUGUAUUCUUUUUUUUAAAAGCUACAACUACAAUCAGAUAAGUCCCAGCAGUUUAACCUCUUAAAUGUCACAGUAAAAAGUGAUUGCAGCAUCUAAAGUGUUUGACAGAGGGAAGAUUUCCUCCAAAAUUGGAAUCUACAGAGUGUACGGUAUACAGUGUACAGUAUAAUUAUGUUUUAUUAACGUUUAUAUUAAACAGCCCUCCCCAAAAAAUAAAUAUGUUAACCUUUUUUUUUAGGCUACUUUCACAUCUUUUAUUUGGUUUCGGGUUUUGAGAUUCAGCAGAGCAUCUCAAAACUGGACCAAACCGGUUCAGUUUGAUUUAACACAUCAGGAUGCGUCCGAUCCGUUAGGACGAGGUGGUGUUAAAUGAAUGGAACAAACCGGAUCUGUCACUAAAAACAAUGUAAGUCAGUGGGUGACAGAUACUUUUUAUCUUUUAGGAUCCCCCAAAAAAUUUGGGAUCCGACACCACUGGCUUACAUUGUUUUUAGUGACAAUCUGGUUUGUUCUAUUUCAAUGACUGAACACAAAACCACAGUUUGCAUUGGUUUUGUGUCUGCUGGAACAGAAUGCACCCCGAACAGAACAUACCCCAUUCACAAUACAUUGGCCCUAAACUGAACCCUUUUGGCCCGGUUUUGAGAUCCUCUGCCGGAUCUCAAAACCGGAAUACCAAAACGCUGAUGUGAAAGUAGCCUUAAAAAGUAUGCAUUUUUAAACACUAUUUCACAUUAAAAAAAAAGUGGUACUACUACAAUCUUAACCACCUGUAGAACAAAAAUACGAAUGCAAGGUUCUCAUUCCUCCAGGUCGUGGUAUAUCAGUAGUAGUAGUAAGUGAGAGGAACUGGACUUGUAUUUUCUUUUGAAGCCAUUUUGUUAGUUAUCCGACUGGCUUUCUCAAUAAGAAUGACUCUGUCAUUAAAUACUAGCGACUUAUGCUACCACUUACUAGUUUUAUCUCCAGUGCUGUUGAUUGCCACAGACAGCUGAUUGGUGGGAUGCUGGAUCAGGACCCCACCAGUUUGAUACUGAUGACGUCUCUGGAGGAUAUUUCAUUGAAGUCUGAAAUGGGUGGGUUUUUAAGGGGUUCAAUACAGUUUAGUGACAUAGUACAAGAUACAAAUACAAAGUAAAGUCAUAGAAUAGAAAGGGAAAGCAAUGCAGAGCACUAAAUGAUCAUUAAAAAUGUAUGCAGAUAGCUCACCUGUAUAUCAACCAUGAGUAUAGAAUAUUUCACAUCAAUGUAUAUUUCAUAAUUUGU